GUCCAGGUACACAGCACUAAUCGCAGGGGAAAAGAAUAUAUCGCAAUGUCAGUUUUUGUCAAUAUGGUGCAGCCCUAACGUGCACAGUCAUCCACCACACAUCUCUGCUGUGUGAGAGAUAAGAAAAUGAUGAUGAAGCGUAUCGCGUCCCAACAUCUGACGGGGCAGGAUAGAAUGUGACUGAUAAACUCUCCUCUCAUCCGCUCUCUCUUCUCUUCCUACGUCUCUCUUUUCCGGCUUUCUUUCCUCUUCAUUCCAGCUCAGUUUGCAGCUUUUAUGAAACAAAACAUGCUUGUGAGGAAAAACCUUCCUCCUGGCACUCCUCCUUGUAUCUUUGUGCCAGUGAGCAGCGAUCAGAUGGAGGGCCUGGACAGAGAUGAACUGAGGCCCCAUGGCAAGAGGAGGCAGGCGCCGAGUCCCACACCAAGCAAAGCCUCCAAAAGAGCCAAGAUCAAAGUCACCAUCGUUUCCCAAAGCGAGUCAGCAGGGGGCAGCAUCAGCCCUGCUGCUCAGGAAGUUUCCGGGAAGCCCUUAACGGUGACGUUGGGACAGACUGUGGCAGGAGCCAAGGAGCUCUCUGGACUCCUCACAGGCCAGCGGUCUGGUAGUCUCUCAGAGGUUUCUGGUGCCCUGUCGUCAGGCUCCAUCUCUUUCAACAGCGUGCAGCCGUGCAUGGUAUCAGGCUCCUUCACACCAGUCCAGGUGCAAGCUCCGGCUACUGCCCAAGGGUCUUCCGCCAGCAGUCUGCUUCAAGGCCUAAGUUACAGUCUUCAGGAGAUCGUCACCAAAACGCCUAGCUUUCCCUCCACAGAUGCCAGUACCGGCAGCACACAGGCGGUCUGUGGUCGGCCCCAGGCUCAGGUCUUGAGCUCGGCCGGUCCCAGCAGCAGCGCUCUGCUUCGGGCGGUGCCUGCGGUCGCCUCAGGAGGAGCGACUAAAACCACCGCCAUCCACCAGCUGCUCACUAACGGCGGGUUGGCCAAAAUAGCCAGCAGCUUGCCCGGCUUGGCGCACGUCACCAAUCAGACCACUGGGCAGAAAGCCCCCACCUCGAUAACGGUGACCCUGAGAGGAGCCCAGUCAAGUAGAGUGGGAUCUCUCAGCCAAGACUACGAGGCUGUGACGCCGAUUCGCACCCUUGAGCCAAAGCAGUGAAGGGUUUCCAUGUGGCGUUACACCUGAGCUAAGCUGGGGCUCUUCCUGCUGAUGAGACUGUUCCCUCCCUGCGAUGAUGAACACGCCAACCUGCAACUCUCACACCACCUGGCCGUCCUCCAGAGACUCCCUGCGGAGAGGGAGAAGGCCAUGCAGUCGCUGUUGCUGAAUGCUGCGUUGCUUAACCUCUAUGUACAGCAGAGGAGCGCUGACUCUGCGUCUCCGUGCUUCAGUCUGGGCUCUCUUCUUACACACCUCUGACAGCCAGGAGGAAAACCUGAUCUCAUGUCAUCCUCAAGGGAGGAAACUUUAUCAAACUGCAAAGUACCUGGACUUGGACAGUCUUGCUGCUGACUUUACACCUACACCUUGAUCAGAAAAACGUUAGCUUUGCUUUAUAAGUGUAUAUUAAUGGAACAAUUCACCCCCAAAAGGAUCUUUUGUAAAUACAUUGCUCCGCCCCUUUUACAUUGAAUUCUUAAUGAGGACCUACUAUGCUUUUGAGAGUUUUUAUAUUUCCUGUGUUAUAUAGGUUUAAGAAAAGCAGAUAUUUGUCUUUGAAUUGAAUUCAUAGUAACCUAUGGUGAGUAAUUGCUAAACAGUUAGUAAUUGUGUAGGUGGAGUAUCCCUUUAGCCCUAGAGAAGUAUGGUUAAUAGGAAGGUCAGCUUGAACAUUUCUGAAUAUCUCUCUAAAGUCGGAGGUUCCAUAUUGUUUAUCACAGUUAUUACAUCAUUACACGAUUACAGCGGUUCAUCAUAACAAGAGCUUGUUUGUGCAGCGGUUUUCCUUCACCGUGACAAACAACUUCCCCUUAUGAUGACCUCAAAUAGGGAAACAUGUACUUUAACUCAAAUAAAUGUCAGUAUUUGUCACAAUCAUGUGAAUGCAGAGGGUACAACACAUGCAUUGAGGCCUGGAAUUAAAGUUGUAGUAAAAAGCUGCAUUACAGGAAAGGUUGUGUCUGUCCAUGUUUAUGAUAAACACAACAUUUACCAUCUGCAAAGUAUCAUCACUGAAUAUGGACUCUUAGUUUGAAACAGCAACAGUCAAAAAAAUAGAUUUGUCUCAAAAACACUCGACUAAGUUCCCUGUUUGCUAAUCUAAAUAUUUGGUCCUCUGUGUUCAACACUUGUAUUGAGCUAUUAGCAGGCUGAAGAACUCCUCUUAUUCCAAAUAUAAUGCUCUCACGCAUGAUAGUUAUACUGCCUUGUUUACAGAAACAGCGUAAAUACAGCCCACUCAUCGGCGCUGACAUCCUGUCUUAGAUUCCACAGAAAAGCUCUCUGAUAAGACAAGUUAUAUAAGCCAGCUUUGUGUGUAUAGGCUGGGAUGGGAAAACUGAUGCCAGUCAGAGAACAACGGAGCUGCUGGCAGAGCCUCAUCAUCCUCAUCUUCAUAAUAAUCAUCUGCAGCAGUGGAAAUGCACACAAUCAAUCUGAAGUCUCUUCACCACAAUCCUGUUAUUUUCGACAGGAAGGAGUUCAGAAUAUGAAUACAAAUCUGAAAUCCUUUUAUUUCUCGCACAGCAGGACAUUUACAUUGUUACAGCUAGGGAACUGUGAAGACAAAAUAAAAGAGUAGACAUUUUUAAAGGGACAAGCACACUUUGAUAAACUGAGAAACAAAUAAGUACACCUUCGAGGUGGAAAAGAUAAGUAUGAAUACGCUGAACAAAUAAAGUGAAGAAAUGCACUAUGGUGCACUAGAUUGAGAAAAAGCUGUCCAUAGGAACCUGAGGAUUCUCUCCCACACGAGCUCCUCAUCUAAUUAUUGAAACAAACAAUGUAUUUUUCAUCAUGGUUUUUUACCUGCAUUGUAUAGCCUUUUCCCUUUGGACCAACAGUCUCUUUGUGUAAAUCAUUUGGGGCGGCAGUAGCUCACCAGUUUGAGUCCCAGCACUGAACAAAAACACGAUGUGUGGACUUCUGGAGAGGGGCCAGUUUACCUUUUGGGCAACUCUCUUUAAACAUCUAUGCUGUGUACUGCUAAAGUGUCCUUGAGCGAGGCACUGAACCCCUAACUGCCCCGCUGGCGUAGAAACAUGGCAGCCCCUUUGCUCUGACAGAUUUCCAUACAAAUGCAUGUGUUUUUGCAUUUGUGUGUUUCAGGCCUAAUGUGUAUAGGUCGUGUUUGUUUUGAUUUGUAAUGUAUAUAAAGAUUGCAAAGCUA